UAUACAGUACCGAACUGCUCCGGGGGUUAAUUAAUUUAACCAACCGUCAUUAAGAGAAAAGAAAAAAAAUCAGAACUGACAUCAAACUAAUAUUAAAUUAGGUUGAUACUUACUAAUCAUAAACAAAUAUACUUAUAUAUCAUAAUGAAAGCUUCAGCUGGUAUAUUGAAACACAUACCAUUGAUUAAAUUCGUUGGUGGUCCACAUGUUGCUCACCAUGCAUCUGCUGCAGUUAAACCACAUCCAUAUGCUCCAAAUGGAUUAGUCCCAACUUCAUUAGCAUCUAGUAUUUCCAGUUAUUUCAAUCCAAGUUCAAUAGAGCCUAAAGAAGGAGAAUUCUUUUCAAGAUCACAAUUAUCACCAAGAUUCAGAUAUAGCGCACCAAAAGAAAUUGAAAUUGAUGAAGUACUUAGUGGUGGAGCUGACAUUAUCUAUUAGUCACUUUCAUUAUUCAAUCCAUUCCAUGUUAACUUAUUUCACUUUCAAAAUCCUGUUCAAAUAUAAGUCAACGUUGUCACCCAUAGAGUACUAGAUCCCUCCUAUUUACAGACCAAAAGCUUUUUUUUUCGAUUUACCUCAUAUACUAUCUAUAUAAUAUAAGAUAUCAUUACACCAUUGUUAGUCCAAAAUUGCCAUUGAUUGUAGUUAUUGUAAAUUUGUAGCUAGCUAGUUAGACUUCUUAACUGUGUAAGGUAUCUCUU